GUUACAAUAGCCACAACAAAUUCGAAAUGUGAUUAAAUUAUACCUGUUGCUUACUGCAAAAUAGCUCUCACACAAAAGUUAAAUUUAUUAAUUUGGACAUUUAGAUAUUGCACAAAAUUAGGUAUACCUGCUAAUGGGCAGAUGGGUAAAUGCAUAUCGCGCUGCAGCUGCUACAGCGGUAAAGCUAAACAGCUGUUUGUAAUUGUUUUGAUAAGAAAGUACACAAGUCCAUAAGUAUGCAGCGAACAUCUCAACUUUGGCAAUUACCUGGCAUUGCUUACCGGUCGACAUUUCGAAUUAGACAGUUUCAUAGCCGACGGGCAACAGCCCAUCAGAGUAAUCAAAGUCGUAGCUGGAAGACUUUGCCCUUUGUACGUCUGGGAUUUGCACUGGUUGGUGCUGGAGCACUUGGCUAUGAUGGCUAUGUUAAUGAUUUCACCUACUCAGGAUCGUCGGUGCGCUUUGUGCGUUCAGUGAAGACAGCGGUGUUAAUUGCUAUCGAUUAUUUGGGACUCGAUGAAAAUGAUGCCGAGUACAAGACAAAGAUUAAGGUAUUACAUCAAAAGAGUGCUGAUCGUCUGCUGGAAACCUGUCUGCUUAACGGUGGCCUCUAUAUAAAAGUGGGGCAAGGCUUUGCGGCCAUCAAUCACAUAUUGCCCAUUGAAUAUACCAGUACGCUAGCUAAGCUACAGGAUCAAUGUUUGCCUACGUCAAAAGAGGACAUUCAAAAGGUGUUUCGCACAGAUUUUGGCCAAUUGCCUGAGGAGUUAUACGAAGAGUUUGAUUACAAGCCCAUUGCGGCCGCGAGUUUAGCUCAGGUGUUCAAAGCGAGAUUGCAUAGCGGCGAGCAGGUGGCCGUCAAAGUGCAGUACAGCGAUUUGCAGAAGCGAUUUAUUAGUGAUGUGGCGACCAUUAUCUUUCUCCAGGACAUUAUCGAGUUGAUCUUUAAGAACUACAAUUUCGGCUGGAUCAUGAACGAUCUGCGCAAGAAUCUAGUACAAGAACUCAACUUUGUUCAGGAAGGACACAAUGCUGAACGAUGCGCGAACGAUUUAAAGAAGCUUAGCUAUGUUGCAGUCCCCAAAAUCUAUUGGCCACAAACAAAAACUCGCGUGCUGACCAUGGAAUGGAUGGAUGGCUAUAAAAUCGGCGAUGUGGAUGCAAUUAAGCAACAAAACCUAAGCCUCAUUGAUGUUGACUCGAAGCUAUAUAAUGUGUUUGCCGAGCAAAUCUUUCACACUGGUUUCGUGCACGCUGAUCCGCAUCCCGGCAACAUUUUUGUACGAAAAAAUGCACACAAUGGACACGCGGAGAUUGUCUUAUUAGAUCAUGGGCUCUACGAGGAGUUGCCGGAGAAUGUGCGCGGUCCGCUGUGUGAGUUUUGGGAGGCAACUGUUUUGCGAGAUGAGGCCAAGAUGAAGGUGGCUGCCAACAAGAUUGACGUAGUCGAGUAUAUCAAGUUUGCUGAAGUGCUCUUUCAGCAGCCCAUACGAAUGCGCAGCGGUCCAAUUCGUAGCAAGCUCUCUCAGGAGGAGCUUGAUCAUCGUGGAGCUUGCAUCGUGGGCCAUUGCUUGUGA